AUGGGUGGGGAAGGUGGGCGCACGCCCCGCCCCAUCAGCUCGGAUUGGUCGCUGGAGCCGGCUCCGCCCCCAAAGGAGGGUCCGGACGGCCUCUCUCGGCUCCCUCUUCACGCCCGGGGCCGGGAGGUGGCGCCCCCGCCCCCGCUGUCAGUGGCCGCGCGACUGCGCGCUCCCUCCUCGAAGGCCGGCCGAGUGCGGGGCCGUGGAGGCUGCCCGAGCGGCCGCCGCCCUCCUGCCCCGGCCCCGGCCCCGGCCCCGAGCUCCACCAUGCUCCGGCGGAUCUUGCAGCGGACCCCAGGGAGAGUUGGCUCUCAAGGUUCUGAUUCUGAUUCAUCAGCAACACCUGGAAAUGCCUUGGAUGUCAACAAUGAAGGCUCUUCAGAGGGCUUCAUAUGUCCCCAGUGUAUGAAAUCUCAUGGAUCUGCUGAAGAGCUUUUCAAGCAUUAUCAGGCAGUUCAUGACUCUGGUAAUGAAUCAAGCUCAUGGAGGAGAAGCUCUAAAACGAGAAGAUGUGAUACUACUCCGACAAGAGGUCCAAGACCUACAGGCUUCUCUGAAGGAAGAAAAAUGGUACUCAGAAGAGUGAAGAAAGAAUUAGAAAAUUACAAGGGCAGCGGCAGCAAGUAA